AUGGUUAUAUCAACACUUCCAAUUGUAAGGCAGGUUUCAGAUUCUGCAGACAAGUUUGGAUCCUCAGAUCCGGACACAAUGGACCAAAUGCUGGAUCUUGAAUCAGGAACGAUCCAUGAGUGGAACAAAGAAGCUCCUGGGAUGUGGCGGUUUCCUACAAACCCCAACCUUUGUUGUAUCUACAGAGUCCCAAACAGUAUGCGUCAAAUGAGUCCAGAAGCAUACACUCCUCAGCUGAUCCUUAUUGGCCCUCUUCACCAUUCUUUAAAAUCUCAAGCUCUCAAGGCUCGUGGAAACAUAAGACGCACAAAGUUUAUGGGCUACUUAAACAUGGAGGAGCAUAAGAAGAUCUACGUAGAGAAAUUUUCUGAAAGACUUGAAGGGCAAAAAACCAUUGAAGGAUUCAGAACAAUGAUCGAAGAAGAUGAAGAUUUGAUCAGAGCAAGCUACUCAGAAUCAACGGCCUGGAUUGAAUCUCAAGAGUUCGUGGAGAUGAUCUUGCAUGACUCUGUUUUCAUACUAGAGCUCAUUUUGAGGUUUUUUGGAACAGGAGCAGAGAAGAUUGGUGAUCAUCUCAUGGACUCACCUUGUCUUGAAAAAACAAUCAAGAGAGAUCUCAUCAUGCUCGAGAACCAGCUUCCUUACUUCAUCCUCGAGAAACUCUUCGAUCCCGUCGUCAAAAUACUCAACCCGAACAAGACCUUACGUCAACUAGUUAUCAACUACGUUCUUAACAUGGACAAGACUAAGAUCGGAGACGACACAAAGUUCAGGCAUUUCACUGAUCUUGUCAGGUGUGUCCGCGUGGAGAGUGCCGACGAGGAGACAUUUCCGGAUUAUGGUCAUGAGGAUUUCCAACCAAUGUACAUAAUGCAUAACGCUCAUAAGCUAGACAAGGGAGGAGUGAAAAUCAAAGCCCUAGAAGAAGAGUUUCCGGUGAGGGUGAAAUUUGAUCGUAAAAAUGGUUGCUUGGAGAUACCACCUUUCAAGGCUGAUGACGAUGUGGAGAUUAUCAUUAGAAAUAUAAUGGCCCUUGAGCAAUGCCAUUACCCAUUCGACGCACACGUAUGCAGCUACAUCAUGUUCUUAGAUUUCCUCAUCGACACCGAGAAAGAUGUUGAGUUGCUUGUGGAGAAAGAGAUAAUAACGAACUGGCUUGGACACCAUGAAGCGGUGGCUAAAAUGGUGAACAAGCUUUGUUUGGGAGUUCCUGAAGAUGGCGCUUACUAUUCUGAAACCGCAAAACAGGUCAUUCGUCACUACAAUGGCAAAUACAAUAAUUCACGAGCCAUACUCAAGCGCGUGUAUUGCAGUGACAUGUGGAGUGGAACAGCCACCGUAGCCGCUACGUUGCUGUUGCUGAUGACUCUCAUCCAGACCGUGACUUCUAUCAUUGACGUUUGGCCGAAGAAGUAA